UUACCCUUAAUCAUGCCUGCACUGCUCUUCUCGCACCAAAGAGUGUAACUACAUUGUGUUGGGAUCAUCAACAAGUAAUCUUGACUGUAGCAACUCGCCUGCGUGAAUUUUACUUCCCUCGGGAGACCAACGAGAAACAUGUCGGUAGCCUUCUCCUUCCAGACGCAGCUCGUCUCCAUCAUGGACGCGCUAUCCAAAACAGCUGUGAUGGAAAUAAGCAAACUGGUGGAAAUCGAAUCCAAGAUGUUGAAAAUAGAAAUAACAAGAGGGCGAAACGAAAUCGCUUCUCUCACAGAGAAGCUGCAGCUGAUGGAGAAGUUGCUGUACAUGGCACAAGAGCGCAGGCAGGACGCAGCAGCAGCAGCAUGCUCAGAGAUGAGACAGUCUUCAGAACAUAAAACAUUUUUGGCUUCAGACAACUCAAAUGCAUUCACUAGUAGUGGGACCUCGUGGGAAAACACAAGAUCCUCAACUGAGAUGGACAGUUUGCAUCAAAGUGAGGAGCACACUUCAACUGAACUGCCAAACCCACCAAAUGAGUUGUCUGAACUAAUAGUGGUUAAAGAAGAACCAUCAGAGGUGGAUAAGAAAAACACUGAACAUGGCAGAACAAAUGAAACAAGACGGGAUACACUCAUAGACAUCCAAAAGGCUCCAAAUGUGAUGCAGCAUCCUAAGCCCAGUGCAGGACCCCCGCAGCCUCUUUUCAAUAAUAGCUUUGUGAAUUUAAGCACCCAGCUGCCUCUUGCUGUGUCUAGGAGACCGGAGAUGCAGUGGAAUCCACAACUAACACCUAUAUGCACAACCCUGCAGGAGGGGAAACAUGUGGCUCAAAAUGAUGCUUCCCAAAACUUCAGUGCACCCAGGAAUGUAAAGCUUCACAGUUUUAGGAACUCAUCUGCAAAGAGGUUUGGCUGCAUGCAGUGUGGCAAGGGUUUCAGAUGCUUCAGCCAGCUUGAAAUUCACCAGAGAAGUCACACAGGCGAGAAGCCAUUCAGAUGUACGCUGUGUGGAAAGCGAUAUGCCCAGAAAGGGCACCUGUACACACACCAGCGCACACACACUGGGGAAAAGCCCUAUCGCUGCACUAUUUGUGGAAAGGGUUUUAUCCAGAAAUGCACCCUUGAUAUGCAUCAGCGCACACACACAGGGGAAAAACCUUUUGUUUGUGUCAGCUGUGGCAAAGGUUUCACAAAGAACUGUAAUCUGAAAAAACAUCUAACUGUGCAUUUAGAUCCUGGCCUGAAUAUUUAUGGAGGUGAGUCAUUUGGUGGAACAAUUAUACACGGAACCACAUACAACAUUACUUCGGGGGUAAUCGCGUCAAAUCCAGAAAUACUGAGCUACCUCGGCGAGAUGAUGUGCGACAACGCUAACAGGAGUUUUCGUACACAGCUUGUCGUGAUCCUGGACAGGCUAACAAAGGCGGCUUUGGCUGAGAUCAGCAGCCUGGCUGACGAAUGCUCCUCCGUCCUUCACACUGAGAUAUCUCUGCAUAAGACGGAGAACGAGGCGCUGAAGAAGAGGUGCUACUCUCUGGAGGUCCAGCUGAGAGCGGCUAGAGGGGGACAGACCUACCCUGCACAUACUAGUGUCAGGCAACUUUCAGAUCAGCACCAGUCUGCUCCAGCCAUUGAAGGAGUAUUUGGGAAAGAAUGGUGCAUGGACCUGUGGAGAGACGAGAAGCUUCACCCUCAAAGAAGACAGCCAAUGGAGGCUGCUAUGACAAACAUAGGAGCAGAGGCAGCUGACAUGAUGGGGGGAGAAUCUGAUCUUAUUUUUGUGAAAGAAGAGACAUAUGACGAUCACCCUAUUGGUCAACAGAUGAGUCAUGCUGACAACAGAAAAAUUGUUGGGAUGUUUGACGAUGACAACAUGCUUCACAGAUCUGUUGAUGAAUUACAGCUUCACUCAGGGGAACUGAAUAAUUUCCCCAUAAUGUCAGAGGGACAAUUGUUGCAGCGCACGCAGCCAACCAUUGCCGACAGAUUAAUAGAGGACGCAGCAAUGAGCAGUCUGGUGGAAAACACAAAUCCUCCUUCGGCCUCUGUGGAACCCUCAGAUUACACAAACUGUCUCCAAACGAACACAACCAAACAACUCACCUUUCAGCCCAAACCUGUUAAGCCAUCAAAGCGGUUUGAUUGUUUAUUCUGUGGGAAAAUCUUUAACUAUUUAAGCAGCUUAAAAGUCCACAUUAGACGACACUCUGGCGAAAAGCCUUUCAGCUGCUCUGUGUGCGGGAAGCGAUUUGCUCAAAAAACGUACCUGAAACUUCACCAACGAGUGCACUCUGGCGAAAAGCCUUACAGCUGUCCAGACUGUGACAAAAGUUUUUCCCAGAAAAGCUCUUUGAAUAUUCAUCUUCGAACGCACACGGGUGAAAAGCCUUACAGCUGUGUGGGAUGUGGUAAAUGUUACGCAUAUAAAUAUGGUUUAAAUCACCAUCAGUGUUUCAACUGGAUGGUCAAACCAGAGGUAUUUGAUACAGGUCCUCUCAGUACCGCUCAGAGUGACUCAACAUGUGGCAGUUUAUCCUUAUUAACCUCCAGCAUGGAGGAAAAAUACUGAUUUGAAACAAAGAGAGAUGAAUUGUAUUAUUAUUGUAUUGUUACCUGUGCUACUGUUAGUCAUAUUUUUAGCUUUAGCGCAGAGACUAACAUAGCAGUUUUUAAACAAUAGUCAAGAAUAUGGGCCCAAGCUAAUACACUAUUUAUUCUUACAGGUCUGAGUCUGACUGAUCAGACAGCAAGACAUGGAAACAUUUAAUGUUUAAUUCGUUUUUGCAUGUGUUUGUUCCUAAUAUCUCAGGCCACCAAAGGACUGUCCCAAGAAAUACCAAAUCAUUGACUUUUUAUGGUCCUGGCCAACCUUUUAAACUACCUCCUUGGAGCAAAAAUGUGAAACAAGUUUGUUCCUUUGAAAAGCUCUUUAUUUGUCAUACAGCAUAUUUAAUUAUUUGGCAUUAAAAUGAGACUGAGGACAUUUCUCUUUGAAUAUAACUACAAUUAAUGUGUUUAUCUCUAGGUCAUUUAUUGAAAUAAGUUCCACAAGCUAUUAUUGAUAACAUGGUCAUACAGUUUGAAUAUUUACUUUUAUGGCUCCAUUGUGAUCAUCAAUUGAAGACAAAUGGUUUGUCAACAUUCAAUAAAUCUGAUUAGAUUUUGUCCUGUUUUAUUACUAUGCCUAAUAGAAAUUGCUUUCUUUGAAUGUAAAGCUUACAUGAACUUAUUCUGUUCCAGAGAUGAUUCUAGCAGCUUAGAUUCUAUUAGUAACUGAAGGUGAGUUUUAUAAAAUAAAACAAAUCAACACA